AUGGUGAACGUGAAAUUGUCUGCUGAAGUGGAACCGUUCAUUCCUCAGAAGAAGGGGCCCGAUUCACUGGUGAUGCCAAUGGCGCUGCCUAAUGAUGGCGGAAACAUCAAUGGCGUUGAGGCCACGCCGAUUCCCAGCUACCUGAUUACAUGCUACCCCUUCGUUCAAGAAAACCAGUCCAACAGACAACUUCCACUGUACAAUAAUGACAUCAGGUGGCAGCAGCCGAACACAAACCCCGCCGGGCCGUAUCUGGCUUAUCCCAUUAUAUCUACUCAGCCACCGGUUUCCAGCGAGUAUGCCUAUUACCAGCUGAUGCCAGCACCUUGUACUCAAGUUAUGGGAUUCUAUCAUCCCUUCCCAACACCUUACUCUGCGCCCUUUCAGCCUGCAAGUGCCAUAAACACAGUCACAGCACAAUGCACGGAUCGUCCGGCCCAACCAAGCCAGGCCUUUCCGUUGUGUAGUCCCAGGAGCAGAAGUACCAGCAGAGGAUCGGUGGUGCAAAAACAGCCAUCUCAACCCCACAUAAAGAGCAAAAGGCCUCCAGUGAAAAAUGUUGCUAUCCAGAAGGAAACGAAUUCUUCGGGCCCAGAGAACAGACCCAAAAUUGUCCUAUUGGUGGAUGCUUGUCAGCAAACAGACUUCCCUUCAGAAAUUGCCAGCAAGUCCCUCUCGGAGGGCGUGAGUGGUCUGCACUGGAAGCCGAGGGGCAGGCGACGGCGCGCCUCCCACCCUACCGAGUCCUCGAGCGAGCAGGGGGCCAGCGAAGCCGAUAUUGAUAGCGACAGCGGCUAUUGCAGUCCUAAGCACAGCAACCAAGCAGGGGCAGCGACAUCCAGAAACACGGAAUCGGCCGGAACAAAUAUCAAAGAAUCAUCCAUACACCCAGUUGGUGCCAGCUGGGCGAGUGUCACUUCACAAGCCACUCAGAAGAAGCCUUGGAUAGAGAGAAACUCUUUCUCCAGAGGUGGACAGCAGCCUGAACAUCAGCAUGAUUCAGAGCCUGGUUUUAAAUGUAGAGGUCACAGCACAUCUUCCGAAAGGGAACAGAGUUUGCAGAAGAAAAUUGAGAAACCAGUAAUCACAAGCCAGUCAAACAAAGUAGAGCAGAGCCCUGAACUGCUAUAUUUUGGGGAUGAAGAAGAAUUCCCAGAGCUAAAUUGCGAUAGUGGACAUUCUAAAGUGAAUAACAUGCAGCUGAAGCAUGCACCCAAAAUGUUGGAUGGUCUUCCUGAAAAUUCUCCCAUCAACAUAGUACAGACUCCGAUUCCGAUCACCACCUCUGUUCCCAAAAGAGCCAAAAGUCAAAAGAAGAAAGCUCUCGCAGCAGCGCUGGCUACAGCCCAAGAGUAUUCCGAAAUCAGUAUGGAGCAGAGAAAGCUUCAGGAAGCCGUUUCAAAAGCAGCUGGGAAGAAGAGUAAAACUCCUGUGCAGUUAGACCUGGGGGACAUGCUGGCAGCGCUUGAGAAACAGCAGCAGGCCAUGAAGGCUCGGCAGAUCACAAACACCAGACCCCUCUCGUACACAGUUGGCAGUGCAGUCCCCUUUCACACCAAAGAAUCCGCCAGCCGAAAGUCCUUCUCCAAAGGGCAGCCAUUGGUGGGUUGUCUUAACCCUUUGGAUCCCACUAGCCCGAAAGUAAAACGAGGGAAAGAGAGAGAACUCUCAAAGUUGAAACGUCCUACAGCACUGAAAAAGAUUAUUUUGAAAGAGAGGGAAGAAAAGAAAGGACGUAUAUCAACCGAUCACAGCCUUUUGGGAGGUGAAGAGGAGGAAGAGGUGACUCUGACUUCCAACCAGGCGGAAGAACUAACAUCUCAAGAAGAAACUGGUCUGAGCGUGCCAAGUGACACCUCGCUCUCUCCCGCAAGCCAGAAUUCUCCCUACUGCAUGACUCCUGUUUCCCAAGGCUCACCUGCCAGUUCAGGGAUAGGAAGCCCCAUGGCAUCGUCAACGAUCACCAAAAUUCACAGCAAACGAUUCAGAGAGUACUGCAAUCAAGUUCUGAGUAAAGAAAUUGAUGAAUGUGUGACUCUCCUGUUACAAGAGCUGGUCAGCUUCCAAGAGCGAAUUUAUCAGAAGGAUCCUAUAAAAGCCAAAGCGAAGAGGAGACUUGUGAUGGGGCUACGGGAGGUGACCAAACACAUGAAGUUAAGCAAGAUCAAGUGUGUAAUUAUUUCUCCCAACUGUGAGAAGAUUCAAUCCAAAGGUGGACUAGACGAAGCUUUGUAUAACGUGAUCGCCAUGGCUCGGGAACAAGAAAUCCCUUUUGUCUUUGCCCUCGGACGCAAAGCGCUUGGCCGCUGCGUGAACAAGUUAGUUCCUGUCAGCGUGGUGGGCAUCUUCAAUUUUUCAGGCGCUGAGAACCUCUUUAACAAACUGGUCUCUCUGACGGAAGAGGCCAGGAAAGCCUACCGAGAUAUGGUUUCAGCCAUGGAGCAAGAGCAGGAGGAGGCCUUGAAGAACAUCAAGAAGGUGCCCCACCACAUGGGGCAUUCCCGAAACCCUUCGGCAGCCAGCGCCAUUUCGUUCUGCAGCGUGAUUUCAGAGCCAAUUUCAGAGGUGAACGAGAAGGAGUAUGAAACAAAUUGGAGGAACAUGGUGGAAAACUCAGAUGGUUUGGAAGCCUCUGAAAACGAAAGAGAAGCGGCGUGCAAGGUGGUGGCAGCUUCCGAGAAACCUGGCAAGCCUAAUGCCGCUGCUGGUAAGCCCUUGUCCCUAGCCGCCGUUGGCCUCAUCCCGGUGGCGUCCCCCGGUAAACCACUAAGUGGGAAGGAGGAAGUGAAGCCAGAUGACAACCUGGAGUGGGCCUCCCAGCAAAGCACAGACACCGGAUCUUUAGAUGGCAGCUGCCGGGACAUUUUGAAUUCUUCCAUGACCAGUACAACCAGUACUCUCGUGCCAGGGAUGCUUGAAGAAGACGAAGAGGAGGAAGAGGAAGAGGAGGAGGAGGAGGACUACGCCCCUGAACCCAUCUCGGAGGAAGUUCAGCUCAACAGCAGAAUUGAAUCGUGGGUCUCGGAGACUCAACGGACUAUGGAAACCCUUCAACUCGGCAAGACCCUCAGCGGGGCAGAAGAGGAGAACGCGGAGCAGAGUGAGGAGGAGGAGGAGGAGGAAGCAGCGGAAGCGCAAGCGCCCGAGCAAGCGGAAUUGGCUCUUGACAACGAGGAAUGGACAUUAGACAAGGCUACGAGUAAAGGCCAACCGAAACCGAAUACCUGCACCCCCACCGAUACAAAACACACAGACUCGAAUUAUAUACCGUGAACUUUAAGCCCAGACUCAGGAAACUUCUUACUAUUUAAAAAAACGAAAAAAGAAAAAAAGAAACUAAUUGUUGUAAGGAUUGCAGCCAUUGCUUUGUGUGCUUCAUCUCGGCAUUUUUGCACUGUGUAACAUUUAAUACCCGUAUUUAAUUCACUUUUUUUUUUUUUGGGUAGCGGUCUUCAUUACUUCUCCACCGAGACCUAGACGUGUGCAUGUGUGAUUAAUAUUUAUAUCUUUUCUUAGAACAGGCUGAAAUGUGCGUUAAAACUGUCACCUUUUUUCGGAUGAGGAAACUCUUUGCACCCGACCAUUUUUAAGGCAAAACUCUUCUCAGACUGAAAAAAGGGAGGGAAAAAAAAAUCUUACAUAUUUUUAAAGCGUUGACAGUAUUGACCAAUGUCGGCUUUGCCAUGAACUUCUUGGGGAGGUAUCUGGCUACUGAGUACCUAACAUUAAGCCAGAACGAUGUCUUGUUUUUUGUUUUUACUCAGACUGUUAAAAGUGACAGAAUGAAAACGUCUUCUGGGAAAAAGGGCUAGAAAGAUGCAUACUAACCAGUCACUGAAUCAGUGCACCUCCUCAUUAGUAUUUUAGGAUAUUUAAGUAAUAACACUCCUGAAGGACUGGUUUGCAGUUGGCUAGAACCAUUUUGGCCGGGUACUUUGGUAAUGACGUAUCUGUUUACUUUCCAACUGACAUUGUCCACAUUUGUCACUUUGCCCGCAAGCCGACUGCCAAAAGGGACUCAUUAAUCACCACAAGCUUUCCUUGCUUGAUUUUCUUAAUUUCCACUCUGAUUCAGCACGCCAUGUUCUGCUUCUUACUGCUUUCGCUGAUACUCAGGAAUGUUACGACGAGUUCAUACAUGCCGUGUAAAUA